AUGCUGGCUUCAUCUGCUGUGGCCGUGGUGCUCGCAGCAUCCCAGCUUAUCUCUGGCGUCUACGCUGAUGGCCCUUCUUGCCCUCCCGGCGGCCAGGUAAGCUGUCAUAACUCGGGCCCGGUGGAGGAUACCUGCUGCUUCAACACGCCCGGCGGUCUUAUCCUUCAGACUCAGUUCUGGGAUGCGGACCCAGCCACCGGUCCUGAUGAUUCAUGGACCAUUCACGGUCUCUGGCCUGAUAACUGCGAUGGCACCUACGAGCAAUUCUGUGACAUGGGCCGUGAAUACAGCAACAUCACCGAGAUCCUUCAGGCUCAGGGUCGAGACGAGCUGCUCGCUUACAUGAACAAAUACUUCAAGGACUACAAGGGCGAUGACGAAAGCUUCUGGGAGCACGAGUGGAACAAGCACGGUACCUGCAUGAGCACCUUCGAAACGUCCUGCUACAUGAACUAUAUGCCACAGCAGGAAGUUGGAGACUACUUUGAGAAACUCGUCGAGUUGUUCAAGGGUCUGAACACCUACAAGAUCCUCGCCGAUGCUGGUAUCACUCCAAGCAAUGACAAAACUUAUGCUCUCAGCGAUCUGCAGGCUGCCGUCAAGGCUGCGUUUGGCAUGGAAAUAACCUUCAACUGCAGAAACGGUGCGCUUAACGAGGCUUGGUACUUCUAUAACGUCCGUGGAUCGGCCCAGACUGGAGAAUAUAUCCCAACCCUACCAGCAUCCCCAGGCGGCACCCCAUCCACCUGUCCUCAGACUGGAAUCAGAUACAUUCCAAAGAAUGGCGGCAGCACCGAACCGCCAACCACCACCUCCCCCGGUGGCCCCGCCCCCACCGGUAUCUUCUCCGGCCGGGGCUAUCUCACCGUCACUACCAUGGGUGAAGAGGAUGGAUGCCUUAUCAGCACUGGAAACUGGUACACCACUGGAACCUGUGCUACUUACACCGCCGCUGCUUCCGGCUCUGGCUUCACCUUGAAGUCCAGCAAGGGUGCCUGUGGCAUGGUCAACGCACAGUUCAAGUGUGGCAGUGGAGUCACCUCUACUGUCUUUGGAGCCUCCAACGGAAAGCUCUCUGCUAGCGGCAAGGACACCUUCUAUGCCGACAUGAUCCCCACUGGCAACACUCAGGUCCCCGUCUACACUUCUCCCCACGCCAUCCCCCUUACUGUUUCGUGGCAAGCGAUCUAG